AUGAGCUACCAGAUGGGCGCUCAACAGCCCUACGGAUACGGCGGUAUGGGGUACCCAGCUGCCCAAGCCUAUAAUAGCAUGAUGAUGGGCGUACCGGGUGGUAUGGCUUAUGCCAUGCCCGCUGGCUGUGGACCAAAUAUGACUCGACAGGUCGUUGACCCGGCGCAGCAGGAGAUUAUUGAUCGGUGGAGACAGAGCAUUCGCUAA